GUUCAAGAUGUCAAUCCGCGCCGUGCUCGCGUCACUCAACGAUCCGCGCGAUCGUCGAUGCGUGCGCAUCGUCUGCGUCGCGUUAAUCGCGUUCGAACUCGCGUUGUGCGCGGUAAUCAUCGCCAAAGUUGCCUACACAGAAAUCGAUUGGAUCGCGUACAUGGAGGAAGUGCACGGCUAUGCGCGAGGCGAGCGCGAUUACACCAAACUGAAAGGUGGCACUGGACCUUUGGUAUACCCAGCUGGGUUCGUGUACGCGUACAAGGCGCUGUAUGAUUUGGUGGGUGGGCUUGAACGCGGGACGAGCGCGCGCGGCGUGGCGACGGCGCAAGUCGUCUUCGCGUUAGUGUACGCCGCGCAUCAAGCGCUGGUGUUCUCGAUGUACGCGAUGUGUGAAAUUAUACCACCGUGGGCGUACGCAUUGUUGUGCCUGUCGAAGCGCGUACACAGUAUUUUUGUGCUUAGAAUGUUCAACGACGGCGUCGCGAUGGCGUUGGCGUAUGGCGCGACGACGUUGUUUCAACGCAAAAGGUGGAUCGCGGGGAGCGUGGUGUUUUCUCUCGGAGUGUCGGUGAAGAUGAACGUAUUAUUGAUGCUUCCUGGGUUAUUGGUACUGCUGGUAGGAGGUACGAGCGCGGGAACGGCCAUCGGAGCUGUCGCGGCGAUUGUGGGGACGCAAAUCGCGCUCGGCGCGCCGUUUCUUGCGACGUAUCCUCGCGAGUAUCUAAGCCGCGCGUUCGAGCUCGGUCGCGUGUUCACGCACAAGUGGAGCGUCAACUUCAAGUUUGUGUCGGAAGACAUUUUUGUGUCGAAGUCAUUCGCAAAAUACCUACUUCUUGCGCACUUGGUCUGCUUGUUUGUCUUCGCGCACCGACGGUGGUGCGCACGCGAAGGGGGAUUUUUCUUCAAUUUCGUGCGAGAUUUCUUCAAACGCUUGCUCCUGAGGAACGUUGAUGGCGUGCAAUCGACGUUUACCCCCGCGCACGUCGCGCUGGUGCUGGCGCAGAGUAACUUGAUCGGCAUCGUUUUUGCGCGUUCGUUGCAUUAUCAAUUUUAUUCGUGGUACUUUCACACUAUACCCCUGUUGCUUUGGUCCAACCCACGAGUGCCGGUGGGGGCUAAGCUCGCAAUCAUGGGUGCGAUAGAGUGGUGUUGGAACGUCUACCCGUCCACGCCGACGUCGAGUAAGAUUUUCGUCGUCAUUCACCUCGGUGUUCUGGCAGUUGCUUACGCCGCGCCGACGGCGUCGAGACGUGGCAAACAAAAGAGCGCGUAGUGUGAGUAGUGUGUAAUAGCCUAGCUUAGAGCCCACAAUUGUACAAAAUGAUAGAUA